AUGGCGAUCUUUGCUCGGAGUGAAGGCGGUCUGUGUAAUAGUUUCAGAGCCCUUGGACGCCACGAGCAGCUACAUCCACAGGACACCCAGGAUUCUGAAGAUCCCAGAGAAUAUUGUUAUGGUGGGUACCAUCCAGUCCAGAUUGGAAACACCUUUAACAGAAGGUACCAAGUGCUGUCUAAGCUUGGCUGGGGUAAUUUCUCUACUGUGUGGCUCUGCAUGGACCUCAGGUUGGGUCGGCAUGUUGCUGUGAAGGUGCUGAAGAGUGGUGCUGGCUUUGCUCAGGCUGGACAGGAUGAGCUGGCUCUUCUACGAUGUGCCAGUGGUCCUGUGGCCCGUCACCCAUCCAGUCGAAGGAUUGUUCAGCUGCUAGAUGAGUUCAAGCUGGCCGGGGUCAACGGGGUCCACACAUGCCUGGUGCUGGAGCUGCUGGGGCCCGACCUCAGGAGCUGGCAGCUGUGUUGUGGGAAUCCAGAACCUCUGAAGCCUUGGGUUAAACAAAUACUCACUCAGGUUCUCCAAGGUCUGGAUUACCUUCACACUCAGUGUAAAAUCAUCCACACAGACAUCAAGCCAGAGAAUAUCAUGCUGUAUCCAAAGCAGCAGUCCCACAAUGCACCACCAGGCUGCAGCAGCUCCAUCUCUUUACCAACUGGGAAGGAGGCCAAGCCCACAGAGAGGCAGCACAUCAACCCAUACAGUUUACAUGAGAUUGCAGUGAAGAUUGCUGACCUGGGGAGCUCCUGCUGGGUGUAUAAACAUUUCUGUGAGGAGAUCCAGACCCGUCAGUAUCGCUCUCUGGAGGUCUUGCUAGGAUCUGAGUAUGGCCCACCAGCUGACAUCUGGAGUGUUGCUUGCAUGGCCUUUGAGUUGGUCACUGGAGACUCACUGUUCCACCCCAAAGCCAGCGAGUGUAUUUCCCUGGAGGAAGAUCAUAUUGCGCAGAUCAUAGAGCUGCUUGGUAAAAUUCCACUAGCUGUUGCCCUGUCUGGUAAAUAUUCUGUGGAUUAUUUCAGUCGCAGGGGUGAUCUCUGUCAUGUUGGCCCACUGAGGAUGUGGAGCCUUUAUGAUGUUCUGGUGGAAAAAUACAACUUUCUGUUGGAGGAGGCAUUGGAAUUCUCAGACUUCCUUAUACGCAUGUUGGAUUAUCACCCGGAGAAGAGGGCCACUGCUGCACAGUGCCUCCGCCACCCAUGGUUGACCUCCUGUUAGCCUCCUAAAGGCCCUGAGGGCCUCAACACCAUCUGCAGUCCUCACAGCCAGAUGCUUUCAGCAACUUGACCUCGCAUCUUUGAAUUUUUAUACUGAGGGGAUUCCUGAAGAAUGU